GAUUAGAACCGCAUAAAAUUUAGUGUCGCUUGUUAAACAAAAAAAGAUGGCGGCGCCCUUGGAUGACAAUGGCUUUGAUGAUGAUGAAUUUGGAGACUUUGGAGGUUUUGAGGCAGCUGAUCCUGUGAAUGUACCAGCACAGGAAAAUCCUGCUGGACAGGCUGCACCAAAUGUCUGGGCUGCAAUGUUUGCUCCUGCUGUUCAAGGUACCAGUAAUGUGCAGCCAGAUUUGUUAUGUGGCCAGAACCGGUUCCCGCAGCAUUUAGAUAACCCACUCACACUGGAUGUGGCUGGGAGCGCUCAGGCUAGCAUUCCUCCAGUCGAUGUUGGAGGACAAGAAGGGUCGGUAGCAGGGGCUGGGAUCCAGCAAGAACCAGAUCUAGGCGGACUUCAAGACUCAGUUGAGCUGGAUCUUGACAAUAUCAACCUUGCUAAUGAUAUACUGGAUGGGAGUUUCAGAUCAGCUUCAAACAACCAAUCAGGAGCCAGUUUUCAGUCACAUGGUGUUGAACAAAUGCCAGACAUCAGUGGGCUUGACCUUGCAGCUGGCAUUUUAAACACUUCUCCUGUACUAAGACUUGGAGCUGAAAAUACCAGCCAACCAACUGUAGAAAACCAAAAUAUGCCUUCUCAAAGAGUAAACACAGAACAAAUAUCCAAUGCAGAACCUAGUUUAGACCAGUCCUCAAGAAAUAUCGAAGGAGCCAAUCAGAUUCCUGCGUCUGCUCAAAAUGUGGCCAAUGAGGUUGUGAGAAAUGAAACUGUCUCUCAUCGAGAAAGUGAACUAUCUGAAAAGGAAGCAAUGCUGCAAAAAGCUAAUGAGGAGAAAGAUUCUCUACAAAAGGAUCUUGAGAAGCAGUUGUCAGAAAAUGCACGAUUGUCAGAGGAUCUUGCUCGAGCCCAUGAACUUGCAGAAGCUGCCAAACAAAACUAUGAUGAGUUACAGUCCAAACAUGAAAAACAACUUGAAGAAUUAAGACAAGCUGGCCAUGAAACUUUGAGUAUAGUUGUAGAGGAGUAUAAAUGUCUGCUUAACACAACAAUCCAACAACAAAGGGAGGUAAAUGAGCAACGGUUGUCUGACAGGCUUAAAGAAGAAACUAACAGAUUAAGGGAAAUUUUAAAAACACAGAAAGAAGAAUUUGAUAGUUUACAAGAAGAAGAAAGAAAGAAAAAUGAAGAAAAGAUAGAAAAAAGUGUAGACGAAAUGAAAUUAAAACAAAAGGAAGAGUGUGAUGCCCUUUUAGCAGAACAGAGAAUAAAAUGUGAAGAAAUGGUCAAGGAAGAAUUACAGAAAGAAAAGGAAGUAACUAGAAAAGAGAUAGAAAAAGUGAUUGUAGAAGAGCAACAAAAGGCAAAGGAAAUGCUUGAAAAAGAGCAGGACACAUUUAAAAAGAAUCUUGCAUCUGAGAUGGAAAAACAGAGAAAUGCAAUGGAAGCAGCAUUAAAGGAACAAAAAGAUAAAUAUCAGGAUCAAUUAAAAGAAGCUUUGAAAGAAGAACAAACACACUCUAGAGAAGCUGUACAGCAAACUGCUCAAUGUGUCAAAGAUGAUAUGAACCAAUAUCUGCAGCAACAAAGGGAGGCUGACAGGUCAACACAAAGAAGGCAGCUAGUAAGUCUGGAUUUAUUCCUGGAGAGUGCAAGGCAUCAGCUGUCAUUAUUAAUGGAAAAUAACUCUAGUUCUGAUAGUGAACUUAGUAAAGAAACUGGCAAAGAUAAAUCAUGAUCAGAGGAGGUGUGUUUAUUCAGUAGGUGUGGCCUUUGUAGGUGUAACUUUUAAAGGGGUGUGGCUAAAUUGGAGGAUAUGAUUUAAUUAUAUGCAUAAUCUUAUUGACAGGCUUGAACUUUGUCACAUGGGGUCUGUUAAGUUUUAUAUUUUGACUUGUUUGAAAGUCUUACGUGUUAUUGAAUGCAAAUUGAUGUGAAAGGCUCAAUAAGAGGUUAUGACUAAUCUUAUUGAAAGGCCUGACUUUGUAAGUUGGGGCCUCUCUUUAUAAUUUGACUUAUCAGAAAGUCUUACAUGUAAGUGAAGUCAAGUGGUUGUGAUUUUUUAUUUACUUUAUUCAUUACUGCUAGUUAAACCUUUUUAACGAUUGGGCAAAAUGGGAACAAUGAUCUGGUUUAUGAUGGGAGUCAUGGGACGGAAUUUCCAAACAUCCAAAACAACAUUGAUAUUCAUUAGUGCAAAGUUUACAUGUAUGACACACCAAAAAGAAAUCCCAAUUUUUUACAAUACUCAGAUUCAUUUUUUGGACUUAUUGUUAAAUAGUUUAAAUAAAUCUUUUAAGACAAAAUGUAAUACAAAAAGACAUGGCAUAUUAAAAAAUGAUACACCAUUUGGGGGUGUUCGAUUUUGAUACAUUUUAUAAAGUUACUCAUUUUAGCAUUUGAUAUACAGUAUUAAUGAAUUUGUUAGAAUUUUGAGAUUCAAUUUUAUGCCAUUCAAUCAAAUUCUUUUAAAGCUGCAUGCCUUCAGAUGAGCUAAAGUAUUUCAAGAAAAAUUGAGAAAAAUGUGAUAAGAUUUUUAAAAAAAGAAAUAUUGAAAAGAUUCAAAAUUCAAGUAUUGAUUUCCAUUUAUUACAUGCUUUUCGGUGGUUUAUAGAAAUAUAUCAGUGAUAAAAAACUGGUAAUUUCACUGUUUGAAACAGUGAAAUUACCACUUUUAUAAUUUCACUGUUUUGAAUUUAAGCCCCUUACGUUGUUUCAGUGAAAUACCAGCGUGCACAGUACUGGGUACCAACUUAAUGACGUGACGUCGUAAAUGACGUCGCGUUGUAUUAUUAUUUGGCGCACUUUUCAUUCAGUAUUAUGUUUUAUCACACACCCGUGCCGAUUUUGCGACUCCGUAAAUAUGGUAUUGCACGGCCGUGCAUAUAUUUUGACGUGACGUCAUUAGCGUUAUACAAACAUAGUGUAAAGACGCGCUAAAUGUUAGCGUUAUACUAUAGACGCGUUAAUGAAAAAUGACUCUUAUUUCACUUUAAACGAUCUUUAUUUUGGGUAUAUGAUAAAUAGAAUAUUAA